AAACUAGAGUUGCUUCCUUGCGGUCAGGUGUAUAUAAGUGCUCCCCUUUCUCCAACUAAACAGAACGUACCAGCGAUUCCUUAUACAACAGGAGAGUAUCACCAUGGCGAUGUUGACCAUAUUUCUGCUUCUCAGCGCUGCCUUUGCUCUGGGUGAUGCAAGGGAUCUGAAUGACACAGAGAAUCAAAUUAUGCAGAAUCUGAUACGCAACCUGCCAAUCGAGUCUGAGGAGAUGGGAGAGAAGGAGAAGCAGGGACUACAAACCAGGAGUUCAUCAUGCCCACUUGGUUGGCACAGAUAUGGGACACGCUGCUAUCACUACGUCCCCAUCAUGGCCAAAUGGCCAGAGGCAGAGCAUUACUGUUUGCUAUUGGGAGGUAACCUGGCGUCAGUGCACAGCCUCUUCCAGUAUAACUUCCUUCUGUCAGUCAUUCAAAGUAGUGCCAACAGAGCCCAGCGCACCUGGAUUGGAGCCAGCGAUGCCAUCAAGGAGGGUCUUUGGCUGUGGAGCGACGGGUCCAGGUUUAGCUACCAGAACUGGGGCCAGGGGCAACCCGAUAACACCUACAAUGGUGCUGGGAACGACAACACGAAUGGCCAUGAGCAUUGUAUGGAGAUGAACUAUGGAGGUGACUUCAGGCAGAAUGAUGCAUCCUGCUGGACGCAACUUCCAUUCAUGUGUUCCAGAAAGCUGUAAUAUCUACCGAUUGGGAGAGAAUUCAUGUUCUAACGUUACUCCCCUCAUGUUUAGUGUACUUUUAGAUUCUUGCUGAUUUUAAUGUGAUUGUAUUGGCUUAUCUUGAUGAUUGCUGAUUAUGUAAAGUGAUUUUGGGUGUCUUGAAAAGCACUUGUAAAAAUACAUUUUUGAAUAUUAAUUUUAUCUGAGAGGCUCUCAGGCGAUGGGAUUCUUCAAUAAAGCCACAGUCUGUAAUA